AUGUUGCCUCUGACUCCUGUCUUAACUGUGUCCUAUGAAGCCAAGGUUUCAUUUCUGCUCCUCUCAACCUUGGAGUUCACAGUGGGCAUCCUGGUCAAUGCAUUCAUUGUCGCGGUGAACUUUUGGGACAUGGUAAACGGGCAGCCAUUGAACAACUGUGACCUUGUGAUGGUGUGCCUCAGCAUCUCACGGCUUUUCCUGCAGGGUCUCCUGCUCCUGGAUGCCGUUCAGCUCAGCUGCUUCCAGCAGAUGAAAGAUCCACUGAGCCACAACUACCAAGCCAUCCUCACCUUCUGGAUGAUCGCAAACCAAGUGAGCCUCUGGUUUGCCGCCUGCCUCAGCCUCCUCUACUGCUCCAAGAUUGCCCGCUUUCAUCACACCUCCAUGCUCCACCUAGCAAGCUGGGUGUCCAGCAGAUUUCGCCGGGUGCUUCUAGCUGCUCUUCUUUUCUCCUGCAUCUGCACGGCCCUCUGUUUGUGGGACUUCUUCAGCGGAUCUCACUUUACGGUUACGUCCGUGUUACCCACGAACAACACAGAAUUUAAUUUGAAAAUUGCAAAACUCAAUUUCUUUCACUCAUUUAUCUUCUGUAAUGUGGGAUCUAUUCCCCCUUCUCUAGUUUUCCUGGUUUCCUCCGCAGUGCUGUUUACCUCCCUGGGAAGUCACGUGAAGGCCAUGAAGUCCCGAACCAGAGAUUCUCGUGACCCUGGCCUUGAGGCCCACAUCAGAGCCAUCAUAUUUCUGGUCUCCUUCCUGUGUUUCUAUGCGCUAUCAUUCUGUGCUGCCUUGGUCUCGGUGCCCUUGCUGGUGCUAAGGCACAGUAAGGGAGGAGUGAUGGUUUGUAUCGGGAUGAUGGCGGCUUGCCCCUCCGGACAUGCCGCUGUCCUCAUAUCAGGCAAUGCUAAACUGAGGAGGGCCAUAGAGACCAUGCUGUUCUGGUUUCAAAGCAGCCAAGUGAGAAGAGUCCACAAGAUGCCUCCCAGGAUACUCCGAUAA